AUGUCUAAUCAUCCCGAUUCGACGUCUCGAGAGCCAUUGGCGAGGCUCACCGGCCAACCGCCGUUUAAAACUGGCAAAGUUCCAUUGGGUUUUGGUAAUCGGAAGAAGUGUCAAAUGGAAAGGCAACCAAAUACCUGGACAAAUGACUCACGCACCAGCCAACCAAACCAAACAUCUCCAAAACGAGCCCCUACCAAGCUUCUCGUUUCACGCACCAAGGAGACUCAAACGAAACAAGAAGGAGCCACGUCAGAUAGUUCCUGCGGAGUCCAAGCUUCAUCAGUCGCACCUUCGUCCAUACCAGACUCCGUCGGAGAGGCAACAACGUCACCAGCAUUCUCGAAUGCAGCAGUGCCGAAUGAUUCCAUGGACAAUUCAAGGGAUGACAAGGCACCAAACAAAACGCCCGAGAUUGCCGAGCAAGGUUAUAUUGGAGUUCCGCAGGACAAAAUUUUUAUGAUGGCAAAGACUUCGGGGUUGUUUGCUGGAAGCACCUCUCGACCUGAGAUAUUCAAUAAUCUCUGUGAAUCUCAAGGUCGCCCUGCACAGCUGUCGGAUUUCGUUAUGGAGUCAGAUUCAAAAGUGGCGAAUAGAAACACCAACAGUGCAGCUAAUGGCCGAAUCCAAACUCCACGAGGCAGGCCCAUGCAGAAAACCCCUGUUGAGUCCCCAAGAAACUUGCAACAACCAGAUCAACGGCCGAGACACCAGACGCCAGAUCUCCAAACGCCAGACCGGGAUAGUGUCGAUUUUCAGACGCCCGACCGGGACAGUGUCGAUUUUCAGACGCCCGACCGGGACAGUGUCGAUCGGCAGACACCUGUUCGUAAAACUGAAACAGUGGAAAAAAAACAUUUCAUGUCAGCCUUUGCUGUAUUCAAUCAGAAAUUUGGGACAGCACGAGAAACUGGAGCAAACAACUCUUCCCCCCCAAGAUCUCGUUCACCGUCGGAAGGUCGAGAUUCACGGUCCAGUAGUGUACAGUAUAUUCCACCUUCUUCUGCUCCAGCAGCACCGACAGCAAGUACCCAGUUGCCCAACAAGGAGAGCACUGCUGGAGCACCUACUGGCUCAAAACAUCCAUCAGCCCAACCAUCAACGUCGGAAAUCAGAGCAACUCGGGAAGAUAGUGUGCAGUUGAUCCCACCUCCAUCUGCUUCUCCAGCACGAGGAGUACCCAGAGCACCAGACUCCUCUUCAGCUCAAAGAUCACCGUCACCAUCAGGAGUGAGAGCUAUACGGGCUAGAAGCGUGCGGUGCACACCGGCUCGUGUUGUUGCUCCAUCGCCAUCAGCCAGUCGACCAGUUGCCACACCACCAAACAUCUUGUCUGCCCAAGGAUCAUCUUCCCCAUUGGAAGUUAGAGCUGGAAGAACAAGAAGUAGACAGGCCCUUCCAAUCCCAUCAGUUACUUCUGCUUCUCUGUCGCCGUCGAAUCACUCGAUUGUCGCCCAGUCAGAGUUUUCUUUGAGGCCACGUGACACAGUUGCGAACCCAUCUUCUAGUCCAAACGAAAAUGUCAGAAUUUCACCUCCUGCAACAAGAAAGAGGACAUUGACGACCCCUCUGGAUCAAAACUCUUCUCAAGGCUCUUCAUUAUCGGCACCUCCAAAAAAACGUUUGGUACCUGCUUGGGCACGACAGCGUGUCGAGGAAAAAGAAGUGGUUCAGUAUAGACCACCGCAGCGUCACGAAGUUGGUCUUCUCACUAAAAAACAAGUUCUGAGGAUAGCGAGAUCCAUAAAAGAUGCCUCCAAGGGUGAAAACAACUCUCUUUGGCUAGAUAAUGUGAAGAAAAACCUCAAUCGAGUUAUCCAGGAGGGUAGACUGCUUGCCCGAAAGCAGGACUACAUCGUACAAGCGAUAAGUCAGAUCCUGUGUGAGAAGAACCUCACUGUUGUGGCACUGGCCGACAAGGAAUGCCAAGUCGGAAACGGAAAGAAGACAUAUCACGCAGUGCAGCUGGAGAGCGUUUCCAACGGAGAGAUGAAAGGCAAAUGCCUCUGUCCUUAUCGGAGACAGAUCACAAUGGAUAUCGACCAGGUCGUGUGUGAUCCAACACUUCUGGAAUCAAUUCGCCCGACACUCCACCUCGAAAAUCUACAAAACAGUUUCUAUGAAGUGAGUCACUGGCAACAAGCCAAAGCCAACUUCACUCAAGGACUAUGGCGUCUCAUGGAAAUUGGGCAACACUUCGAACUCCAACUUGAAGAGUGCCCAGAGUUCGUGGCGGUGGUUCGAGUGGUGGCCAACCAUUAUGGUCUAUUGGUCGUGGCCGUUGGGAACAGAGAUCUCCGCACGGUUCACGUGACCAAUCCAUACUGUCACGAAAUGGGAUGGGCUCUCGCACAGAGGGACCUGCCAAUGGGGCAACAUGUGCAAUACGUCCCAGGAUUGGACAAAAUGCUUGAAAAUGAUGCGGAGGUGGUCCCCAGCGUUGUCUUCCGCGACAAUGCCAUUCAUACUCAUCGGGUCUCGGAGAAUGAUGUAGUUGCUUACUUGGACAGUGAGCAAAAUGCAUUCUACUAUGCGCACAUCAUCACCCGAGUCCCCGAAGAUGACCACUUCUUCCAUUUGCAAGUUGGAAAAAGGGAGGUGGUGAAUCCCAGACCGGUUCAUGUCUUCGAUGUAGAGGAAUUUCACAAGGAGGCCAUAGAUGGAAUGCUCCUUGCCUCCUUCCACAUAUACCACCGGCGCAUCUUCCCGAUCGAUUUGGUGCUUGAAUUCGGCGCGGAAAUUCGUUUGCCGGAAGAUGGAGAUCGAGAGAGAGCCGAAAGGGUUUUGGGAACCCCGUGCUCAAGUGACGCCGCUGCCUAUAUUCAAUUAUAUACUCGCGGAGAAGGACAUUGUUUGGGUCAAAACGUCGGUGCAAACCACGACCACAUACUGACCGCUCGUGCUUUGGGACCAAGGAAAAUGGCUGACAUCAAAGCCAAGAUGUCCACACUCCGUUUCGUGGAGAUCCUGCGGGAAAAGUCUGAUGGCACCAUGAAGCUGAAAGGAGCUCAAGUCGUAAAAGCAUCACGCAACAUGUUGUGCCUAAAAGUGGCCCAUGAAGAAAAGCUCGUCUAUACCCACAUUGCAGACCCAAACAUCUUCCGAUAUGGAACAUGUGAUGAAAUGGGAAUCCUCAUUGAAUGGGAACGUGCCAUCAUCAUGAGGGAUAUUAAGGAGGAGGUGGAGGACGACUACCCAAACUGA